AUGUCAUCAAGCUUGACUCCAUCCUCAUCAUCAGAGGAGAUCAGCAGUAAAACUGCACUAUCCUCGUACUGUACUAUAUUCGAAAGACAACUAUGGAGACUUGAUAAAUGUAAACAUUGCUUUAAAACUGAACAGGAACAUUCAUAUCAUAUUUCAAGAUCUAAUGAAAUUACUAAUAAUGGGGAUGUAACAAACAUUGAUAAUACAAAUAAAAUAACAACAUCAAUAAAAAAUAAUUUAAACAGUACAAAUACUAAUAAUAAUAUUAAUAAUAAUAAUAAUAAUAAUAAUUUUACCUCAUUAAAUAAUAGUCACAAUAAUAAUAAUAAUCAUCAAAAUAAUAAUAGACAUUCUUUUAAUAACAACAAGGGUAAUAGUAUUAAUAAUAAUAAAACCAAAACUGUACCUUCAGUUGAAAAAGCACCAUUAUCAAUAAGAAGAUCAUUAACUCCAUCAGCAAUUAAACAAUUUUCUAGAAAUAUUUCACAACAAUUGAUAGAGAUCGAGCCAAUCACACCACCUUUAAAACCACAAAGCUCAAAUAGUCCAAAACAACAACAUAGAGCAUUACCAAAAGUACCAAAUAGAAAUUACAGUAAUAGUUUUGAUUUAUCUUCUGCAAAUACUACACCAGAAACACUUAGUCCACUUUUGUCAAACUCAACAUCGGGUGAGGAUACAGAAAAAUUAACACCAUCAAAUUUAUCACCAUUACUAAAUAGUAGCAAUAGUAUUGAUAGUAAUAGUAGCACAAAAGAUUUACUACCUUUAUCACCAACCAGACAAAUGAGAUCACAUUCAGAUUCACCAACAGAUUACGAUUAUAAUACCAUUAAUACAAGUGGUAGCAGCAAUGGAAAUGGUAUAAAUGUUAGUGGCAGCAGACCAAUUAAUAUUUCAAGUGGUUUGGUAUAUGAAAAAAAACAUGCUAGAAACCUUAGUGGUAAUUCUUCACCAACAUCUUCAAUUCCAAUAUUUUAUUCUGAUAAACAGCAACAGCAACAACAGGCCUCGUCAUCAAAAUCAAUAAAUAGUUUAUCAAGCGGGGUUUCGAGCGGUUCACCAAGAAAAUAUUCACUAUUUGUAAAAUCAAAAUCUAAACAACCAAAUAAUAAUAAUAAUAAUCAUGUAAAUACUAGUACACCAAAUUUACCAAAACGUCAAGGUAACAACACAUCAACCACACAACUACCAUUAAAAUCACCAAGUUUUCCUAAUGUUGCAGAUGCAAAUACAAACUCACUUGGAUUCAUACCCAAUCACCACCAUCAUUAUCAACAACAAUUAUUACAACAGCAGCAAACUCAACACAACAAUACACCAUUAAAUGAAGAACAAAAUAAAAUCUAUUUCGCAGUUAGUUCAAUUAUUAAUGCAAUCCCAGGUAUCAACAAUACUGCAGUACAUUCAAUGAUGGAUAUACUUUAUAAUCAAAUGUUGGAUAUUGAUUACAGUAAUACACUAAUUAGAGAAGAUAAGUUGGCAGAGCUUACUAAAGCAACUCAAACCCUUCAAUCAUGGGUAGAUAGACAAGAUUAUCUACGUGAUGUUGUUACAGUUCAAAGUUGUGUUAGAAGAUUUCUUUCAAAAAGAAGAACUGACUGGUUAUCACAGGUUUAUUCUGGUUCCAUUUUGAAGGAUAGAAAUAAUGAAUUUAGAGGUUUAAUUCAAUUAGAAAGAAGAUAUAAUGAAAAACUAGAUAUAGCUGUCAAUACAUAUUACAAACCACUCAAAGCUUCAAAUUUAUUAACAACUAUGGAUCUUCAAUCUAUAUUCUCAUCUAUUAAAGAGAUUUACUAUGUCCACAAGAAAAUUUCGCUUCAAUUUGAAGAGCUCCAUAAAAAAUGGCCAUGUGUAGAAGGUUUGGGUGAUAUAUUUUUAAGAAUUGCUCCAGAACUCAAGGUUUAUGGUGGUUAUGUUAAAAAUUUUAAAAAUGCAAUCGAUACUUUAAUAUCUUGUCAAGAAGAAAACCCAAAAUUAGCUUCAUUUUUAAAAGAAUGUUGUGAUAAUACUCCAGGUAAAGUUUAUGACUUGAUGGCUUUAAUUUCUGCUCCAUUAAAUCACUUAACAAGCUAUGAAAGACAAUUAUUUAAUAUUGCAAAUUAUACACCAUCAAAUUGGCCAGAUUAUGUUAAUAUUAUCAACUCUGUAACAAUGAUGAAGGAAGUUGAACAAUUAAUUGAAUCAAAUUUAUCACAAUCUCAAUCACAAUCAACUUUAAUGAAUAUUUAUAGAAAAAUAAACAAUAGAAAAGCAUUAGAUCCAUUUGUUAUAGCAGGUAGAAUCUUUAUUCAUGAAGGAAAAUUAAUUAAAUUUGAAACAAAAAAACAAGAUCAAACUUAUUACUAUUAUUUAUGUAAUGAUUUAAUCUUAUUUGUAAAGAAAGGAACUCAACCAAGAGAACUAUAUAAAUUUAAGAAAUUAUUUAUGUUAUCAGAUGUCGUAGUUUCAGAUUUACAAGAUACAAAGAUUCACAAGAACAUUAUUUCCAUUGUAAAUAAUAAUACCAAAGAAACAUUAUCUUUCUCCAUUGAAGACAGCAGAGAAAAGAAAGAAUUGAUGAAACAAUUUUCAACAUUGUGUACAACAAACAUUAAUAAAUCGACAAAGAUAUUUGGAAUAUCAUUACACGAUCUAAUGCAAAGAGAAGAAGAUGCAGCAUCAAUGUCAUCACCACCAACUAUAUCCAUUACAACCACCAUCAGUGCAUCGUCCUCACAAUUACCUAGCAUGGGCACAUCGUCACCAUCAUUAUCAUCUUUAUCAUCAUCAGCCACUAUUAACUCAUCGAUCUCCUCACUCUCAACUACAUCAACAGCAUCAAUGUCUAUGCCAAUUUACAAACCAUCAGAAAUCAAUAUACCAUCAUUCAUCGUGAAAACAUGUAAUGCAUUAUUAUCAUACACUGAAAGUGAAGGUAUAUUUAGAAUUUCACCAAAUCAAAGUGAAUUAGAAUCAGUUAGGGAUUCUCUAAACAAAUGUACCUCUGAUGAAAUGCUGGAUUCAAUUAUCUUUAGAACCAAUGGUCAUCAAUUAGCUGCACUAUUAAAAGGUUUCUUUAGGGAAUUAUCCGAGCCAUUAUUAACAUUUGACCUCUUUGACAAAGUUAUAGAGAUUGGUGACAAUAGCAAUCUUAGUGAAAUUGAGCAAGUUAAUCAAGUUUCAACUCUAUUAAAAUCUAUUCCAAUUGUAAAUCAAAAUACAUUCCAAUUAAUUCUCACACUAUUAAUUGAAAUUUCAAAGAGUAGCGAAAUUAACAAAAUGAAUCAUUCAAAUCUUUCAAUCGUUUUUGGUCCCAACUUAUUAAAACCCCGUGACCAAACUAUUGAAACUUCUUUGAAAAUCCCAAUAAUUAAUAAUGUUUUAACAACAUUAUUGGAUCAUUAUAAUCUGUUAUAUAAUGACCGUAUUGACUUUGUUAGAAUUAGCGAUUCUAAAUUCUUUUUUAACUGUAAAAAAUAA